AUGGCGACUCGACUUACACUCGCAAUUGCUGUGCUCGCCUUGCUCAACGGCGGCGCUCUAGCCCAAGGUCCGCGCGGUCCGAUGCGCAUGGGGCGAAUGCCUCGUGACCGCGAGCAAUUUGGCGCAGGCAACGCUCUCGGUGGCAUGGGCGGCGCAAUGGGCGGUCUUGGCGGCGGUGCUAGCAAUGGAUUCAGCGGAGGUCUCGCGGGUGUCGGAGGUGUCGGUGCUGGUGGCUUCGGUCAGCUGGGCGGGGGUGGAGUUGGAGGUGCUGGCGGCUUCGGACAGCCCAGCGCUGGAUUCGGAGAUGGCGCUGCUGCACUUGGCCAGGCCGGCACGACCACAACUGGGUUGAUGAAUGGCGCCAGGGGCAUUGGUGCUGGGGCGAGAGGCGUCGCGGGUACGACGGGUCUGGGCAACGGUGGUCCUGUGACUCCUGCGCCGACGACGCCAGGCAUUUCCGGGCCGACGUCCCGCAACGGAGGCGCUGCUGCGGGUGCAGCUGGUGUCGGCGGAUUUGGUGGGUGGAGCAAAGGAAGAAGUGUGAUCUCCUACUCGAAAGUUGCAUUCGGAGUUUCCAGCUACCACCACUAUGGCCCGACUGGUCGACUUACAACUCGCUUGCCACACGUACUGGAAGAUGAUGAAGACAAAAAAAUCUUGACUGGAGCGAAGUUGAUCGAUCUCCGAAACUUGAUGCUGUUCGCCAUUCACUCCACCUCAGACCCAAUGAGGUCAUCGAUUGGAAGCGCUUGGACCUGA